GAUGGGUGACACUAUUUAUUUACUACUCCUUCCCACCAUUUUCCCCCAGAAUCCUUCCACGUGGGUUUGUGCGCCCACUGCUUUCUUCCAAUUCCUACCCAUAUUCAAUCAAUGCUUAAACUUCCAGAAUCAUCUUCCAAUUUCUCAUUUAUAUUCAUACCAUGAUCAUAUUACAUACCAAUAACAACACAAAAUAACGACGCCUUUGUUCAAUACAUUCGAUAAUCGCGAUCGUAAAGAUGAUGCUGGUGUCUGUUGUGGCGGAGAUGUUGGAGGAGUACACGGCCGUGUUAGCCCGAGUAUUGGAACAUUUGUUUAACGAAGCACCGUUACCUCGAAGGGUUCGGUUUUUGAUCCUUAGGAAUCUUCCUUUUGCUUCUUUACCUCUUAGCCCUUCUCUUCUUCCUCCUCCUCCUCCUUCGCCGUCUUCUUUUCAUUGAUUUUGCCAUUUCUAUGGAGGGUAUUUAUGGAAUUUCCUAUCUCAAUUGCUAGCCUUUGUAAUUGUUUUUUUUUUUUUUUUUUUUGGUUUUUUUCAUGUAAAGUUUUGCGGGGUUGUAAAUACGGAGUUUUCAUGUUAUGUGUAAUCCAUCUUUAAUUUGACAUGUCAAAUUUUCAUUAUUUCUUACAUGUGUGUAAUAUACCCGAGUGUAUACAGUUCGCACUAUUCCCGGCCUAGACAUGAUCUUUGACGUAAAUCAAUACGUCUAUCCGGGUUUUGGUGGACACGUAUUCGUCUUAAGGGUAAAUGAUAUGAUAUAAUAUGGGUUAUAUUAAUGUCUAGACUCCUAACUUUGGUGAUGA